AUGUUCAGUGCAAGCCCCUUCUAUCGUAGCUCACCCUACUCUUCCAAUUACUACCCUUAUGGCCAGUCUGGCUGUUCCCCCCUUGGUUAUUAUCCAUCUCCCUACGCAUCUCGUGUAGCCGAAGAGCACCGGCACAAUGCCCGCCUUCAAGCUAUCGAACGCGAGCGGGAACUUCAGCGGCAGCGCCUUCUCGCCCAACGGCGGGAUGAGCGUGCCAGACAAUACAUAGUCGAUACCUAUGACACCGAUACAGCUGUUGCUGACGAUAUUGCAUACGACUAUGGAUUUGGCCGUUAUCUGAAUCCGUACGCAUCUAGAGAGCAGGCGAGACCUAGAAGAACGAGUACUUCAAAGCACUCUAUCCCUAUGCAAUCUCCGUCGCCUUCCAAAGAUCCACAGCCUGAGCCAGUUAACAUGUCACCCCCUGCAGAAAUACAGGAGGCCCCUUCGUCGCUUCGCCCCUCUGAUUCUCAAAGUCCAAUUUCCUCGUUUCAACGACAGCCUUCUCCAUCUCCCAGCGAGCAAUCAUCAGACGAGUCCUCUAGCGAGCUUAAUCAGGCCGAUCUCGUCCAGAAAUCUCUUGGCACCAUCCAGACCCUCCAGCAAAAGUUUGAAGGAUUGAAGACUACCUUUACAUGGCCUUCUCACAUCGAUUUCGACCUCGAUGGUGAGGUGAUAUCCGUUUCCACUGAUAGUUCGUCGGAGCCGAGGCUUACACCACCCAAGCUUGCCUAUACGAUCCGUAACACACCUUUACACGCUUACAAUGAGUCGCUAAACCGUUUGCUGGUUCAACUGGAUGCCGUACAGAGCUGGGGAGAGCAGGAGGUUCGCGAACGGCGGAAGCGUGUCGUAUCCAUAGUGGAAGCUGAGGCAGUUAGAGUUGAACGACGGUGGAAAGCAGUGUGGGAAGGCAAGGGUAUAAAUGCGGAGGAGGACGAAGUCAUUGAUAUAGUUACAGAAACCGGGAAGGACGACGAGGGAUAUGGCGGCAAGGAGCAACAGUGAUUAUAUAUUAUCAUUGUUCAGGCUUGUCGCUACCUUCCUGUAUCAAAAUUUUCUGAUAUCUCACUUACUCAUGCAGUGUCCUUCGCCGCCAAUAUUUAUUAUCAUUUCCAAGAGGCCCG